AUGUCUCAGGCCACGGCACGCGUUUUGAACAGUGGCAUGCGGCUGCCCCCGCUGCCCACCAUCCGGGAGCUGGUGAAGCUUUACAAGCUGCAGGCCAUGAAGCAGCUCAGUCAGAACUUUCUGAUGGACGAGCGACUCACAGACAAGAUCGUGAAGUCGGCGGGACGCAUUGAUCCGCGCGACAUUGUGCUGGAGGUCGGACCGGGGCCAGGCGGCAUCACUCGUUCCAUACUGCGUCGUCAGCCCCAACGGCUGAUCCUGGUUGAAAAGGAUCGGCGAUUUGGCGAAACCCUGCAGCUGCUGCGCGAAUGUGCCAGCCCGCUCGACAUGCAGGUGGACAUCUACUACGACGACAUUCUGCGCUUCAACAUCGAACAGCAUAUUCCGGACAUCACGCAGCGCAUCCAUCUCAUCGGCAACCUUCCGUUUUCCAUCUCCACGCGUCUGCUAAUCAACUGGUACGCGGACUUGGCCGCGCGCCGGGGCGCCUUCCGUCGCAACGACACCUGCAUGACGCUCACCUUUCAGAAGGAGGUGGCCGAACGGAUCUGCGCCCCGGUGGGGAGCGAACAGCGCUGUCGGCUUUCGGUAAUGUCCCAAAUCUGGACGGAGCCGGUGAUGAAGUUCAUAAUACCGGGCAAGGCGUUCGUUCCCAAGCCACAAGUAGACGUUGGCGUGGUCAAGCUCAUGCCACUGAAGCAGCCCAAGACUCAGCUGCCCUUUUCGCUCGUGGAGCGCGUCAUGCGUCACAUCUUUAGCAUGCGCCAGAAAUACUGUCGCCGCGGCUACGGAACUCUCCUGCCGCCCGAUGGCCGCGAGGAGGCCACGCAAACGCUCUUCCAGCGAGCCGAUGUUCGGGAUACGCUGCGUUCCUUUGAGUUGUCCGUGCCACAGUGCCUGCGCCUGGCCGAUGCCUAUGCCGAGUACAUAAAAGAGCAUCCCGAAGUGGAGGGCUACGACUACAGAGGGCCCAAGAUUCAAGACGCUGCAACUCCUUCCGGAGACAACGAUUUCACGCCUGCUUAUAAUGUUGUAAAAUGUAUUUAAUUAGGUGAGUAAACAGACACAAGUAAUACAAAAA